GUGCAUUAAAUAGCAGCCGCCAUUGGGCUGGCUGAUCUCUGUGCUGCUCUGGUGUCUGUACGAUCCCGCCCCGUGUCCUUUGCCCCACACUUCCAAGAAGCAACAGAAGGGGCUGUAAAUCUCCCAGCUGUCAGGAUCCAUUGAAGAAAAGUCUGUCAAUCCCCCACUGUCCUGCUCCCGGGCCCUCUCCGUACACGCAGGCAUGAACCAAGCUAGCUCCGUUCAGGACCAGGUGAAGACUUACUAUGGGAAAUGGCUGAAGAGAUCAGAAGAUCUACAGACCGAUGUGACAUGUUCCAUAACGAGGAGUCCGUCAAGUAAAUCAGCGUGUGAUGCCAUGACACUCAUUCAUCCUGAGGUUUCUCAAAGGUACUUUGGAUGUGGUCUUGUGAUCCCAGAGAGCUUGGAAGGAUGUCACGUGUUGGAUCUGGGCAGUGGAUCUGGUCGAGACUGCUAUAUCCUGAGCAAGUUGGUGGGACGCCUUGGUCAUGUGACAGGAGUGGACAUGACUGAUGAGCAAAUCCAAGCCUCGCGCAGGUAUAUUUCAUAUCAUCAGGAGAAGUUUGGAUACAAGGAAGCAAACACAACAUUCGUCCAGGGUUAUAUUGAAAAACUGGGAGAAGCUGGAAUUCAGUACAACAGCUUUGAUCUUUUAGUCUCAAACUGCGUCAUCUGCUUGUGUCCAGACAAAAAGGCAGUCUUUGAGGAAGCUCACCGCGUCCUUAAGGAAGGCGGAGAAAUGUAUUUCAGUGACAUGUACGCCAGUGAGCCUCUGGAUGAAGAGCUGAAGAAGGACGCUGUGCUCUGGGGGGAGGGUCUGGCUGGUGCCCUGUACUGGAAGGAUUUAAUCAGCCUGGUCAAAGCUACCGGAUUCAGCACCCCUUAUCUCGUCACUGCGAGUCAUAUCAAGAUUCAGAAGGCUGAACUUCUCAAAAAGACUGGUGACGUGCAGUAUGCCUCUGGAACUUAUCGCUUUUUCAAACUGCCUGCAGUGAGGAUCAAGCAGAAAGCUCUUGUGACAUACAAGGGGACAGUGGCUGACCACCAGCAAGAGCUGCACUUUGAUUCAGUUCACAUUUUCAAAAAGGACAAAGCAGUGGAGGUUGACGGAGAGCUGGCCAUGGUCCUGAAAACCUCUCGCUUCGCCUCCCACUUUAACAUUCAAACCACUGUGGAAGAGGAGGAACCUUUAACAGAUGUGCCACAGCCGUGCUGCUUCCUGAAUCCCUUUCUACUGGCUGAAAAACUGGGAUCAUCCAUUCAGAAAUGCUCCAAAACUCAGAAAAGUACCCUUUGUGAAAAUCAGAAUGAAGAAACAAACAAAACCCCAGCGGUUGAAGGCUAAAGUUUUUCUUUUGCCUGGUUAUAAGGGGCCAUGUCAUUCUUGCAAAUUGCUUUCAUUAGGUUUGAAUAAACAUUGUUCAAAUAAAAAA